AUGACACUCGCUCAACGACUUGACGAACUUGCCGUAGCCAACGCCGAGGGCCGUCUCAGCGACGAUGAAUAUCGACUUCUACGUCAGAAUCUAUUUGAACGGUUUGGCAGCGGUGCUGUCGUUCCCGGGGAACCACCUGUAGUACCGAUUGGAGGGCAGACGAAGCAUAUCAAAGGAGCGUCGGUCUCGUCGUCCUCCACGCAACCGAAGACGCAACCUAGAACACAAUCCGUCCAGGUCGAAUCCGCUCGUAUCUCCCUUAUCUCCCCGACGAAGAAAAGACCGUCGGGAGUCACCAAUUUCAUCCGUAUUGCGACGGGGAAAGCAGACCCAUUGUCCCAUCAAACGUCUCCCCAUGAUCCCAGUAGCGGGGCGGCAGCGAAUCAGCCCAAGCGGAACCUAGUUUCACGGAUUCUUCUGCGGAAGGGAAGCAAACAACUUGCCGUGCGGACAGACCUUCCUGUACAAACCUCCCAGAGUCACCCGUCCUCGCCAGUUAAGCUUGGGACCACACUGGGUUCGUCUUCCUCCACGAAGAUCAACACCCUUGCCCCACCGUCACCAGGCCGCGGGUAUCCGCGUCGCCAUAGUCCCGCUAGCACUCCCCCACUGUCACCGUCAUCUAGCCGUCACGUUCUGCCGUUGGAUGUGUAUAACGACAACAAUUUAGUUACUAGCAAAGACAUUCAACAAGAGAUUGCCCACGUUGAAGUCGAAUACAAGAACUUGUUGGACGCGUUCAAUGGGCUGGAAAUGACGACCCUUGUUCGAACACAAGUACAUGAACUGCGGCGGUUGCCCGUGCAGACACCUACGUCUCCACUAGCAUUGAUGGCGGGACACGAUUGGAGGGACUACUCUCAGACUGCAGCUUCAACGUCCACUCUUCCUGUUGCAGAUGGCGGCGACCACGCUUCUAUACGGUCUACCUCUUCAAGAAAGAGUUCCCGCUCUUCGUCUUCUGGGAAUUUGUUUGGCCGCGGGAAACAGCAUUCUGGGAUACCUCAGCGUGUAUCGAGCCCGUUGUCCCCCCUCAAGCGCGCCGCCUCGACGAAGAAGAGCUCGACCUCAAGCCUAUCGCUUUCAUCCCAAGGCACACCUCACAGUUCUUCGUCCAUGCCCGCACGAUUGAACGCGACAUUGCAUCCCGGCAUGCAUGGGACCUUCAAACCCUCAAGGAGUGCUAACCAUCUCCCUCUCAGCGCACUCCACGAACACCCGUCACGCACUUCGCAGGAUGUAAUCGACCUAGCGGAUCCGGAAAAUACACCUCGGCCAGCAUCAUCCGGCGAGCUUGAAGAUGUACGAUACCGCAAAGCAGAGUUGAUGAAGCGGUACGAAGCCCGUCUAGAAUACCUCCGUGCUCGUUUGAAAAGCGCAUUGCUCCACGAGAAACUUUUGCGCAAAUAA